AUGGCCAAAAUCCUCCGCCCCGCAACAGCUCCGUACAGCGAGCCCCUUCUCCCGCAACUAGACAUCCGCAACCCCUACUAUACAAACCUGAACCACAACCUGCGCGCCACCGUGCGCGAAUAUAUCGAUAUAUACAUCACCCCCUACGCCGCAGAGUGGGAAGAAGCAGGCCAAGUCCCCGAAGCCGUACGCCGGCACUAUUGCAAGCUGGGCUAUAGCAUCGUGCACCCCCUCACGAGCGAGGAGGACUCAGCCGGCCUCUCUCUGCCUGGGAAUGUGCCGCGCGAGAAGUGGGAUACGUGGUGCUCACUUAUUGUAACGGACGAGCUCACGCGCGUUGGAUAUGUCGGUGUGAUUUGGGGGCUUGGUGGUGGUAAUGGGAUUGGAUGUCCGCCUGUUGCGCGUUUUGGGAAUGAUGAGCAGAGGAAGAGGUGGCUUCCUGGUGUUGCGAGGGGGGAUAUUCGAUUUUGUUUGGGGAUUACCGAGCCGGAUGCGGGCUCUGAUGUUGCCAAUAUCCAGACUACAGCCCAGCGGGAUGGCAAUCACUAUAUUGUGAAUGGGGCGAAGAAAUGGAUUACCAAUGGUAUCUGGGCUGACUAUUGCACUGCUGCUGUUAGGACCGGUGGUCCUGGAAGGUCUGGUAUCAGCUUGCUUGUUAUUCCCUUGGCUACUGCCGGAGUGACUCGCAGGCGUAUGCAUAACUCGGGUGUGAAUGCCAGUGGCUCAACCUUUAUCGAGUUUGAAGAUGUGCGUGUUCCUGUCGAAAACCUCAUCGGCCAAGAGAACAAAGGAUUUCCCCUUAUCAUGUCGAACUUCAACCCAGAGCGCCUUACUCUGGCGUGUGCGUCAUUGCGACUCUCCCGAGUUUGUGCCGAAGAUGCCUACAACUACGCCAUCCAACGCGAGACCUUUGGAUCCCCACUGAUUGAAAAGCAAGCAAUUCAAUCCAAGAUCUUCAAAUUCGGCCUCAUGAUUGAGCCAGCCUAUGCCUUCAUGGAACAGCUCGUGAACAUCCUUGAACUUACCAAAGACCGUCCUUCCGACGACGUCAACAUUGGUGGUAUGACUGCCUUGCUUAAAGUCAUGUCGACCAGGGCUCUGGAGAAGAGUGUUCGAGAAGCACAGCAGAUUAUGGGAGGUGCGGGCUAUAACAAGGCUGGCAAAGGUGCUAGAAUCGAGCAGAUUAGUCGUGAUGCUCGGGUUCAUGUAGUCGGCGGCGGAAGUGAGGAGAUUAUGGCGGGACUGGCGCUGAGGGAGGAGACAAAGGCUAUUCGCACUCGGAGAAAGGCACUUGAGAAGAGACAGUCUAAAGUAUGA